UAAGACCUCAUCCUUCUCAGCCAGAACUUUUCCUGCAAUUGAUACCCUUGAGCCUACUUAGAAAAUCUCUUUUUCUCUGUCUAUCUCUGCUUGCAUUACAUAUUUCUACCUCCAGUUUACCUUUCUGAGUCUUUUAACAAAAUCAAUGGCUGCCACUGCUUCUCCAAUGGCGAGUCAGCUCAAAAGCAGCUUUACAUCUUCUGUUACAAGAGGCCUGGUAGUACCCAGGGGCAUUUCUGGAGCCCCAUUCAGAGUAUCACCCGGCAAGAGGACUCCUUGCUUCACUGUUAAAGCUGUCCAAGCAGACAAGCCAACAUAUCAAGUGAUUGAACCAAUCAACGGUGACCCCUUUAUUGGAAGUCUUGAGACUCCGGUUACAUCAAGCCCCUUGAUCGCUUGGUUCCUGUCCAACCUCCCAGCCUACAGGACGGCUGUGAACCCACUCCUCAGGGGUGUCGAGGUGGGUCUGGCCCACGGCUACCUCCUGGUCGGUCCAUUCGUUUUGACUGGCCCUCUAAGGAACACACCUGUUGCCGGUCAAGCUGGGUCCCUGGCAGCUGCUGGUCUUGUUGUGAUCCUUAGCAUUUGCUUGACAAUGUAUGGCACUGCAUCAUUCAAUGAAGGAGAGCCCUCAACAGCCCCGAGCCUAACCCUGACGGGAAGGAAGAAGGAGCCUGACCAGCUGCAAACUGCGGAUGGAUGGGCUAAGUUCAGCGGAGGAUUCUUCUUUGGUGGAAUCUCUGGUGUCAUUUGGGCUUACUUCCUUCUCUACGUCCUUGACCUUCCUUACUACUUCAAGUAGAUAUACAUCUACAUUUUCCCUUGUUUUGUUACUUAAUGUAAAUCUAUAUGUAUUCUGGACGAUCCCUAGGGAAUGAAUAUCAACUAUCGAGUGAUUGUCACUGGAUGUUCUUGUUAAGAGUUAUUGCA